UGGUUUCAGGUGCCCCAUGUAAAGUAAGCAGAGGCCAGGGGAGUUGGUGUAAUCCGAUUCCAGUGAGCUAGGGGCCAGGAUUUCACUGUAACUUGGCUGCGGCUUCCCUAGCGCACGGCGGAUCGGCACGAGCUGCAGUUAAGCGCCCCGGGCAGCCCUAGGAGGAGUCUGGAUGUGCCCCUGACUGACCGCCUCUUCCACACGGGUCUCGGGGCGCGCGGGGAGAUCAGCGCCGCUGCAGCCCAGGCCCACGCGCGAUGGCAAAUAAUCCUUGUACCAGGUAACAUUCCAUGCAUGCUCUGCACGUCAUCUGGAGUCGGUCCCUUACAGUGACUCUGGAAAGAAGAAAAUUGAAUCACUAUCACAGCUAUGGCAGCACCAAAGAAAGUUCUGCUCUCCUCCCCUCCCGAUGGAGGCUGGGGAUGGAUGAUUGUUGUUGGCUGUUUCCUCGUUACUAUCUGCACUAGGGCUGUAACAAGAUGCAUCUCAAUUUUCUUUGUGGAGUUCCAGACAUACUUUGCUCAGGAUUAUGCGCGAACAGCUUGGAUCCAUUCCAUUGCAGACUGUGCCACAAUGCUGUGUGCCCCACUUGGAAGUUUUAUCAGUAACCAUCUAUCAUGUCAAGUGGGCAUCAUGCUUGGAGGACUGCUCGCAUCUGCUGGACUGAUCCUGAGUUCAUUUGCCACAAGCCUGGAACACCUCUACUUUUCAUUAGGCGUGCUUACAGGACUUGGAUUUGCACUUUGUUAUUCUCCAGCCAUAGCAAUGGUGGGAAAAUAUUUCAACAAAAAGAAAGCACUGGCUUAUGGAAUAGCCAUGUCAGGGAGCGGAAUCGGUACCUUCAUUCUGGCCCCUGUGGUCCAACUCUUGAUUGAACAAUUUUCCUGGCGUGGAGCCUUACUCAUCUUGGGCGGUUUUGUUUUAAAUCUCUGUGUUUGUGGUGCCCUGAUGAGGCCUAUUACUCUUAAGGAGGACCAUAAACACCCUCCUGAGUUUCUUGAACAGGAGUAUGUCUCAGAAGCACAGAAGCAAGACUUAAAGCAAUUGUCUAGCUGUUCACCUUUAUUCAAAGCAUGGUCUCAUGAAUGUCUAUGCUGCUGCUCCUGGCAAGAAUACAACUUCUUCCUGAUGCCAGACUUCAUGGUGCUAGCAGUGUCUGUUUUAUUUAUGGCAUAUGGCUGUAGCCCUCUUUUUGUCUACCUAGUGCCUUAUGCUUUGAGUGUUGGUGUGAGUCACCAGCAGGCUGCCUUCCUUAUGUCCAUACUUGGUGUCAUCGAUAUCGUUGGUAAUAUCACCUUUGGAUGGUUGACAGACAGAAGGUGUCUGAAGAAGUACCGCUAUGUUUGCUACCUCUUUGCCGUGGGAAUGGAUGGCCUCUGUUGUCUCUUCCUUCCUGUUCUCCAAAGUUUCCCUAUGCUUGUGCCAUUCUCAUUUACCUUUGGGUAUUUUGAUGGAGCCUACGUUACACUGAUCCCUGUUGUGACAGCAGAUGUAGUGGGAACUGCUUCCUUAUCAUCAGCCCUAGGGGUAGUGUAUUUUCUUCAUGCACUCCCUUAUCUAGUGAGUCCACCCAUUGCAGGUUGGCUGGUGGAUACAACCGGCAGCUACACUGCAUCAUUCAUUCUGUGUGGAUUUUCUAUGAUAUUCAGUUCAACAUUACUCUGCUUUGCUAGACUAGCAAAGAAAAUCAAAAGGACACAGCUGAGGUCACUUACCAGAGAUACUGACACAAAACAGCAGAACUGGACAAAUGGAACAACAGCUUAUUCUGUGUCUGGAGAUUUAGACCAAAAGGAUGUAGAAAUAUUGGCCACUGAGGCAAAUAGCUACAGCAACAGAUGACAAGUGCCAUCAAGCCUUGAGAACUAUGCUGUCAUUCAAAACACCUAUACAUCAAAGAGUUUGGAAACUCUCAGGUAAGAUUCUAACUCCUGUCUUCACUUUGUCCCCCUCUGUUUGCCCAUCUUUUGCUUACUGGAGAAACUCCCACAAGCUGCCAUAAAAAAGAAACAUUAAUGCAUUGUUGUUGUGUAUGUAAAUUGUGCUAGGAAAAUAAGUUUGUUGCUGGAUGAUCUAACCCAGAGUCCUUCUUUCAGACUCUGUUGGGCUGCCCUUUUGGGGCAAUCCAAAUAGGACUACGCACAUGAGUAAGAACUACUUGCCUGAGUAAGGCUUUGCAAGGUCAGGCUCCCUUCUUGUAUUUUAAGAAAAAAAUAAAAGGCAUUUGCAGUCACAUUUGUUGAUUAGUUUUGUUUUGUUUAUACAUUUGGGGCAAAUAUGGAGGUAGAAAAUACGGUGGUAAUGGCAGUGUGUUCAGGGACUCUAAAAUUGGCUGUAGAAUAUGUUGCUAUCAACCCAUUUACCCCGAAAUGCUGAAUAAAAGUUUGACUAUAUAACUCUUUAUGACCAAUAUAGGUUGUAUAUUCAGCAUCUUGGGAAAAUGUAUUGAUAGGAAUGAAUAGGAGUAUUUAUUGUAUUAUAGAUCUUCAGUAUUUUAUAACAGUAAGUGGAACUUUUCAAAGACAUUUACGUUGAAAAAAGUGCAGUAAUGAUUAUAUGUCCGCACAAGAUUAAAAUACAGCAAAGUCAAAAUAUCAGUGCUUUGUUUAUGUAUUGUUAAAUUGAAAUAUAUAUGUUUAUACAUUGUAUGCAUCUUGUUUACCAGCAUCUUGGCAGAUAGUGAAUGUAGCAUGUGUUGGUACUGUUACACCAGACACUAAAUAAAAACACAUAUUGCUCACAAGAAGUCAGCUUUUAUUCAACAUAUCUUCUAGUAUCUGAUGCUGCUCCUGCUUAAGCCAACGGGGAAAAUCCCAGUUAUGAGAAUGAUAUUUCAAUAGCACUGAACAAACACAUAGCAAGAAACAGUCCCGCUCCUGAAGAGUUUGUGGAGGCACAGAGAGGUGAAGUGACUGCCAGUAGCAGAGCCAGGAGUAGAACCCUGGUCUUUUA